UUCUCAUAAUUGAAAAUUUAUUCACAAGAAAACAAAAAGCAUAAACAUAUUUCUUAGCUUUUUUAAUUAAAUUUUAUACAAAAAUAAGUAAAAAUGCAACGUGAAGAAAAGCAAUUAGAAAUGACUCUGGACGCAGUCCUUAAUCGUUUAAAUGAUUUAAAAAAUUCUAUCGGUUCAAUGAUACAUAAAAUCGAAACCGAAUACGAGACCAUAAAUUGGCCAACAUUUCUUGACAAUUUUGCUUUAAUUUCAAGCCAUUUAACAGGCCUGUCGAAGAUAUUGUCUAAAGAACUUGGGCCUCCUUUACGGAAUCGUACUGUUUUGCCUUUGAUGUUAUCCCCCGAACGAGAUGAAGCCCUAUGGAACCUUACUGAAGGUCGUGUCCCGGUCUUUUCACAUGAUAUCGUUCCAAAUUACUUGAGGACAAAGCCUGAUCCAACAGCCGAACAGAAAAUGAUUCAAAAUGAACAAAAGGCAGCAAAUCUCUCAAUGGAAACGGCAAUGAAACAGGUUGCCCAAUACAAUAAGGUCGUCACUCAUAUCUUGGAAAUGGUUAGCAAAACUAGAGAAGACUGGGAAAUCGAUUCUUCCUCUCGAGCAGGAAUCCAACAAACAAGCAGCAACGCCGAUACCCAUUUAUUAGUCCAAGCUGUUGGAAUGGGAAAAGGACUAAAGACAGCAAUGCAACUCUCCGGACCUGGUUCAGCUGCAGGUGGAAUGAUGGUACCACCAGCUAUUCGCCAACCAUCGCCCAUGAGCUCGGUCAGUCCUUCGGGAGUCAAUCAACUCGGCAAAGCGCCAUCAGCCAUUAAAACAAAUAUCAAGUCUGCCAAUCAAAUUCAUCCAUUUGGAAGAUAAUUGGAAAAAAUGUUUUUUUGUACAGUAGCUUUAAGUUUGCGUCAGUAAUAAGAACUAAAUUUUGUGUGAGGAUUGUUGAGAACUCUGUUUUUUUUUUUGAGAAUAUAUCGUACUUAUCUCAAUA